AUGUCCAAAAGCAAUGAUAAUAGUAUGAUUUACUCUAAGCGCCAACAAGGCUCGAUUGCUCCAGAAAACAAACUAAAUGAUAUCCUCCCAGAUGCAGGAUGCGAAUCACGUGGUAAUUUCCACUGCCCAGUAUUGCCCAGCAUUUGCCAAGUCCAGAGAGCGGGAAGGGGCUCAAAGGUCAAAUGCGUUCAAAUGGUGGAAAUCAUCCGAUCUCCGAAGUCUUCUAUAAAAAUGUAUGGAAAUGUUUGA